UUGUCAUGUCACGUCAUUAUUAAAUAGAUAAAUUCGUCAUUCAUAAAUGGUGAAAAACAUAAUCAAAAUAAACUAUUUGAAAUAAUCUUCGUUUCAAAGCAUCACCAUGUCGGAACGAGAACCAUUAACCAAUUCGGGCAGAGACUAUGGCUCGUCCGCUGCUCCCCCCACUGUCGGCUUUGCAGACUUCAGUCCAACUGAACUGUACAAUUUGAGUGAGAGCAUCGCGGAGAAUAUCAAUGCCAUUAACAGUGGUCUACGGUCGUUGGAGAAGAUGAUGAAGCAGAUCGGAGGGCCCAAUGAUAGUGUGCAACUGAGAGAUAAAAUCCACGAGGCGCAGCAGGCGGUGAACGGCUGGGUGACGGGCGCGGCACGGUCGCUGCAGCGGCUGGCGGGCGUGGUGCGGCGCGGCGACAAGCCGCACAAGCUGCACGCCGACCGCCUCACGCAGGCCUUCCGCGAGUCGCUCGCCACCUACUCCGCCGUGCAGAAGCAAGUGUCCGAGAAAAUGGCGGCCCACAUGCCCCGCCAGCCGCGGCCGCGGAACGACCCCCAACUGCUGGAGCAACAAGCCAUGGCUGAUGAUGAGGAAUCGGCCCUGCUGGCUACGCAACAGGCACAGGCGCGGCUGGUGCAGUUCGAGACCAGUAUGCUGCUGGAGGAGGAGGCGUACAUGAACAAGAUCGAGGCGGACGUGCUUGACGUCAACCAGAUCAUGCAGGACCUGGCCGAGAUGGUGCACUCGCAGGCGCAGACUGUCGAUUCAGUGGAAAGCCACAUCGAAGCUGCAAGCUCGAAUGUCGAAGCUGGCGUGCAGGAGCUAGCCAAAGCGGAGGAGCACCAGCGCCGGUACCGCAGGAAGAUGUUCUUCCUGAUUCUUAUCGGAGUCAUCCUGGCCAUCGUCUUCAUCGUAUGGAUCGUAAAAGCGUUCAGAUAGGAGGUAUACGCUUUUAUUUAUGACUGCUUCAGUAUGUGGCUAUCACUCUAUGGCUCAAGGAUUUAGUCUCGACAUUGUCUAUGGUGAAUUGUGUGCUCCAUAGUCUACGGAAUCCAAAUUGAGCCUGUUUGUCUCAAGUUGACGCAUGUACUUUUGGCUGAGGACCUUCUGGCUUCUAUGAGCCUAAUAAAUUAAAAAAAAAAAUGUCUGGCAGUGAUUAA